AUGUGGAAGGGUCUGCUAGCAUAGGUGAAAAUGGCAGAAAUCAGAAAACACGAGAAAAGACGAGAGUGCAAGAUGUAUGGAACAUGGAUGCAAGUGAAAGGAUCGAAUUGGAGAUUGACGAAUUUGGUGUUCCUUGUGGUGGCGAGUCAUCUCUUUUUGCAUCCUUUCUUGGGACAAUUGCAAAGAACAACACCUUGACUCCACUGUCGAUAGAGCAUUGGAAAAGAAGAGAGUUCAAACCAUUUCACAGGCAAAUACUGAAAAUCACCAAGGUAAAACACUCUCCUUCUCCA